UGAUGAACCACCACAGGCGUUUAAAAAAGAUUGAACCGUCUAUGUCUGCUUCGUGUUCCUAGCAGGAAGAAAUCAUGGACGCAGAAAAGAUGAAGACCAAGGAUGAGCUCAGGUCAGCAAGGGUAACUGUGCUUCACGACUAUGUGGGCUGCCGGACAUUUGAGAUACUACCUUCAGUGUCUGUGGGAGGCAUCAAAGAGUUAAUUUAUCCAGAGACGGGUUUCCCAGUAAGUGAGCAGCGGCUGUACCAGCAUGGAAGAGAGUUACCUGACUUUGUCAAGAUUGGGGACCUUCAGACUUCUCAGAAUCAUGUGUUUCUGGACCUUUUGUCAAAGGGCUUGAAAGGAGGAGGUCGUUUUGGACAAUCAACACCACCCCUUGUAGAUUUCCUUAAAGAUAUUUUGAGAAGAUAUCCCGAAGGAGGACAGAUUCUUAAGGAAUUAAUUCAGAAUGCAGAAGAUGCUGGUGCCACAGAAGUUAGGUUCCUGUAUGAUGAGACUCAAUAUGGGACAGAGUCUCUCUGGUCUAAAGACAUGGCUCAGUACCAGGGUCCUGCACUUUAUGUAUACAACAAUGCAGUUUUUACCCCUGAGGAUUGGCAUGGCAUUCAGGAGAUAGCAAGGAGUAGAAAAAAGGAUGAUCCCCUCAAAGUUGGAAGAUUUGGAAUUGGAUUUAAUUCAGUUUAUCAUAUCACAGAUGUGCCUAGUAUAUUCAGUGGUGACCAAAUUGGAAUGCUGGAUCCUCAUCAGGUACUUUUUGGACCCCGAGAAUCAGGCCAGUGUUGGAAUCUAAAGGAUGACAGCAAAGAAAUUAAUGAACUUACAGACCAAUUUUCACCUUUCAUUGGUGUGUUUGGAAGCACUAAAGAAACCUUCAAACAUGGACACUUCCCGGGUACAUUCUUUCGCUUUCCUCUACGCCAGCAACCUUCCCAGCUGAGUAGUAAUCUGUACAACAAGGAGAAAGUUCUAGAAUUGUUUGAAUCCUUCAGAGCAGAUGCGGAUACAGUACUUCUGUUCCUUAAAAGUGUGCAAGAUGUUUCCUUACACGUUAGGGAAGCUGAUGGCUCUGAGCGACUAAUUUUUAGAGUGACUGCUAGUGAGAACAAAGCUUUGAAGCAUGAAAGACCCAAUUCCAUCAAGAUUCUGGGAGGUGCAAUAAACCAGUACUGUAAAGGAGUUCCAAGUAAUAGCAUAACAUGUGUGACGUACCAUAUAAACAUAGUUCUAGAAGAUGAGAGUGUUAAAGACGCGCAGAAAACAUCUUGGUUGGUAUGUAACAGUGUUGGAGGACGGGGAAUAUGUAGUGAUUUGGACCUCUUGGCUGACGACCUGAAAUAUAUUCCAACGAUAGGUAUAGCUAUGUCAUUAUCAACCAACGGAGAAGAAAAAGGAGCUGCGGCACAGUUUUCGGGGAGAGCAUUUUGUUUUCUUCCAUUGCCACCUGGCGAGGAAAGCAAGACGGGUCUCCCAGUUCAUGUUAGUGGCUUUUUCGGCCUCACAGAUAACAGGAGGAGUAUCAAGUGGCGAGAGCUUGAUCAGUGGCGAGAUCCAGCGGCAUUGUGGAAUGAGCUUCUCGUGGCCAACAUUGUCCCAAAAGCAUAUGCAGUCCUCGUAUUGGAAGCAAUCAAACGAAUGGAAACAGAAAAGAACUCGGAUUUCCCUUUGUCAGCUGAGAGGAUUUACAGGUUGUGGCCUGACAAGAAUAAAGCAAAAGUCCACUGGCACCCAAUUAUAGAACCUCUUUUGAAAGAGUUGUUCCAAAAUGCGGUUAUAUACUCGGUCUGUGAUCACUGGAUAAAGGUGGAGCAAGUUUAUUUCACAGAAAUGGAGGAGAAUCUGGAGCACACCCAAGCUGUGCUAAACUACCUCCAGGACGCAGGGAAAGAGGUUGCUAAAGUAUCAGAGAAUAUUGCAAAUGCAGUUGACUUAAUUAUGUCUGGUACUGAACCUGUCAAAAAAGUGACUCCCGGUACAGUGCGACAAGUUUUAAGAAAAUCUGGGCACAGGGGAUCUGCUGAUGAGAAGCUUCAUAUCUUAGAGUUCGUGCUCAGUGAUGGAAACUACAGUGAGCUUAUUGGGCUGGAGUUAUUGCCCUUACAAAAUGGGAGUUUUAUAUCAUUCUGUUCAUCUGCAUCAGAUCAAGAUGCGGUUUACAUAACUUCAGAAAGUUAUCCAAGGUCCCUCUUCCCAGGUCUUGAAGGAAGAUUGCUUGCUGAUGAUUUGAAGCCCCAAGUUCUGUCUGCUUUGAAGGAAGCUGCCAAAAGUAGAGGAAGACCAUGCACUCAGCUGCAACUUCUGAACCCUGAACGAUUUGCACGGCUGGUCAAAGAAGUUUUGAACACAUUAUGGCCUAACAGAGAAAUCAUGGUGCAAUGGUUCCCACAUUCUGAAGGUCAAAAUCAGCCACCCAUUUCAUGGCUUAAAAUGGUAUGGAAGAACUUGUACAUACAUUUUUCUGAAGACCUGUCAUUGUUUGAUGACAUGCCACUUAUCCCAAAGACAUUACUAGACAAAGAGCAAGAAGUAAUUGGCCUUAUUAGACUGAGGACUCCAUCUCCAAUUAUUCUAGACGAUGGAUCGGAAACACAGCUUCCAGAAUUUUUAGCUGACGUAAUUGAGCAACUUGGAGGGAUUGUGCUUAAGGAACUGGACCCUUCCACACAGCAUCCACUUCUAAAGAAAUAUGUACAUGCCCCAUUGCCAAGUGUAGUUUUGCAAAUCAUGGAAAAACUUUCCUUACAGAAAUUGACAGAUCACGUCACAUCAUUCUCUACAUCAUGCAAAAAUGCCCUUAGGAGCUUCCUUGCUAGUUUAACUGAUGUUACUGAAAAAGAGAAAAGAAUAAUUAACGAGCUAGUGAUGUUUAGGAGAACUGAACAUUCACCUGAUGAAGAAAUUUCGUUUACUGCAUUGAAAGGCUGUAAAGUUCUGCACCAUACUGCCAAACUUCCACCUAACAUUAAACUAUCGGUGUCCCUAGUUGACAGCAGUGAUGAAGCUACUAUUCGUUUAGUGAAUAUAUUGAAAAUAGAACAGCUAAAGACCACUGAUUGCAUGAAGUUUAUUUUAAAUGAUAUUCAAAAUGACUUUUAUUCUGUUGAAGAAACAACAAAAAUCAUGCUGUGGUUUCUGGAAAAUCUGACUUUCCUCAAAAAUGAAAAUGCAGAAGUGUUGGAUUGGCUGACCCCACUAAAAUUUAUUCAGGUUACGGAGGGAAAGAUGGUUUCAGCUAAUGAACUUUUUGAUCCUGAGGUGGAGGUAUUACAACAUCUAUUUUAUGGCGAGGAAGACCACUGCUUUCCCCCAUCUGUGUUUAAAACAUCUCCAGAUGUUCUUCAUUCUUUGAGAUUAAUAGGCUUAAAAUGUGAGAACAACUUGGAAGAGAGAGACAUUUUAUGUAUAGCACAUAAAAUUGAAAACUUGAAGGACUGUGCAAGCACUGAUCAGGAUGCACUUAGAAGAAAAGCCAGAACUUUGUUAACCGUUCUAAACAAAAGCUCUUCAUUGCUGCAGUCACCUGAAGCAAAAGCCAUGCUGAAAAAAAUUAAAUGGAUUCCAGCAUGCAAGGAAAGACCUCCAAAUUACCCAAAAUCAUUAAUUUGGAAAGGUGAUCAUUGUAGUCUGUGUUCGCCACCUGAAAUGUGUGAUUUGUCCCAGGCGACCUUAGUUGGUUCCUCAGUUCCCCUUGUAGAAGGUGUGCGAUCAUCUGUUGCAAAAGCACUAGGGAUUUCCAUCAAAGCUAGCAUCAAACCAGUAUUAAAACAUUUUAAAGUGGUAGUUGACUGGCAUAGUUCCAAAAAAUUUAGUGAUGAAGAUUACUAUCAGUUUCAGCACAUCUUGCUUGAAAUUUAUGGAUUCAUGAAUGAUCACUUAGAUGAGGGUAAAGAGGCCUUUAAAGCCCUGAAAUUUCCCUGGGUCUGGACUGGUAAAACUUUUUGUCCACUUUCUCAAGCAAUCAUAAAGUCAGCAUAUGAUCUUGACCUCCAGCCACAUUUGCAUAAUGUUCCAAAAACUAUGGCCAAAUUUCAUCUGCUGUUCAAGUGUUGUGGGUCAAUUGAGCAACUGACUCCAGACCAUGUCUCCAUGGUCAUUCAGAAAAUAUAUCUGAAAAGCGAACGCUCUCUUACUGAAGAAGAGAGUAAGCAAAAUCUUCAGAUUAUGUUGAGUAUUAUUAGAUGGUUGUACAGCUGUCAGAUUCCUGCCAGUUUAAAUACGCCUGUUCCUCUACAUUCUAACAAAAAACCAUACAGACUUGCAAUGAAGCCAAUUCAUGAGUGUUGCUACUGUGAUAUCAAGGUCGAUGACUUAAAUGAUUUGCUUGAAGAUGCUGUUGAACCAAUAAUUCUGGUUCAUGAAGACAUUCCCAUGAAAACUGCGGAAUGGUUGAAUGUGCCAUGUCUCAGUACCAGGUUGAUUAAUCCAGAAAAUAUGGGGUUUGAACAGUCGGGGCAAAGGGAACCCCUAACUGUAAGAAUUAAAAACAUUUUGGAGGAAUACCCUUCUGUAUCAGAUAUCUUCAAAGAACUGCUUCAGAAUGCUGAUGAUGCUAAUGCAACUGAGUGUAACUUUUUGAUAGACAUGAGGCGAAAUAAUGACAUAAGAGAAAAUCUUUUGGAUCCAGGAAUGGCAGUUUGUCAUGGACCAGCUCUGUGGUCUUUCAACAACUCUGAAUUUUCUGACUCUGACUUCCUAAAUAUAACUCGAUUAGGAGAGUCUCUAAAAAGAGCAGAGGUUGACAAAGUUGGAAAAUUUGGCUUGGGUUUUAAUUCUGUUUAUCAUGUCACUGAUAUCCCCAUCAUUAUGAGCAGAGAGUUUAUGAUCAUGUUUGACCCAAAUAUCAACCACAUCAGUAAACAUAUAAGAGAUAAGUCUAAUCCUGGGAUCAAGAUUAAUUGGAGUAAGCAACAGAAAAGACUUAGAAAAUUCCCUAAUCAGUUCAAACCAUUCAUAGGUGUGUUUGGUUGUCAGCUUCCAUUGACUGUGGAGGCACCUUACAGUUACAAAGGGACACUUUUCAGACUUUCUUUUAGAACUCAACAGGAGGCUAAAGUAAGUGAAGUCAGUAAUACUUGCUACAAUACUGCAGACAUUUAUUCUCUUGUGGAUGAGUUUAGUAUUUGUGGACACAGGCUGAUACUCUUUACUCAGAAUGUAAGCUCCAUGGUUUUGAAGUAUUUGAAAACAGAAGAAACUGACCCAGGUACUGCGCAAGAUACUGUGACUAUUAGAAAAAAUCUGUGUUUGUCCAAAGCAAUAACUACCCCUGUAGUAAGUGUACUCAAGGAAGCUGCUAAACUCAUGAAAACUUGCAGUAGUAAUAUGAAAAGGCUUCCUACGGAGUCACCAAAGUCCUCAUGCAUAUUGCAAAUAAUAGUGGAAGAGUUUCAUCAUGUAUUUAGACGGAUUGCUGACCUGCAUUCUCCAGUUUUUAGGGGAUCAGAAGAUGAAACACCUUCUUUUUUAGAAAUGGCUAAAUCUGGGCAAACAAAAAGACCUGCUGAUGAACUACCACAAAAAACAGUAGAUGCCACAACAUGGCUUAUAUGUUCUUGCAUGGACACCGGAGAAGCCUUAAAAUUCUCAUUACAUGAAAGUGGACGAAGGCUAGGACUUGUCCCCUGUGGUUCAGUAGGAGUUAUGUUGUCUGAAACUCAGGAUAAAAAAUGGACUGUGAAGCCCAACUGCAGCAAUUUGGGAGAAGUAUUCUGCUAUUUACCUCUUCGAAUCAAAACUGGUCUACCUGUUCACAUUAAUGGUUCCUUUGCAGUUACAUCAAAUCGAAAGGAGAUAUGGAAAACUGACACAAAAGGCAGGUGGAACACAGUGUUCAUGCGGCAUGUCAUUGUAAAAGCAUAUUUGGAAACUCUUGUGGUUUUACGCGACAUGGCAGUCUGUGGAGAACUAGCGAAUUACAGUUACUGUGCAGUGUGGCCUGAUCCUGACUUAGUGCAUGAUGAUUUUUCAGUUAUAUGUCAAGGAUUUUAUGAAGAAAUAGCUCACAUGAAAGGCAAAGAAGGAAUCCAAGUUUUUUCUGAUGGUUCUUCUUGGGUGUCCAUGAAAAAUGUAAGAUUCUUAGAUGAUUCACUAUUGAAACGUCCAGACAUCGGAGCAGCAGCCUUCAAGAUUUUUCUCAAAUACCUUAAAAAAACUGGCUCAAAAAAUCUUUGUGCUGUAGACCUUCCUUCAUGGGUCAAAGCUGGCUUUGAAGAAGCCGGCUGUAAACAGGUAUUACUAGAGAAUACUUAUUCAGAGAGACAGUUCUUUUCUGAAGUGUUUUUCCCAAAUAUUGAAGAAAUUGAAGCAGAACUCCGUGAUCCUUUAAUGCAAUAUGUUCUAAGUGAAAAGAUUGCCGAGUUCUCAGAAAUUUUGUCUGUUUCUCCAUGUAUUCCUUGUUCUUUAACUGAACAUCCUUUGGUGGAACCUUCAAGAUUGAUCCAUCCUGAAGGCCGAGUUGCAAAAUUGUACGAUAAAGAAGAUGGAAGAUUUCCUCAUGGCACCAAUCAGGACUACCUAAAUCCAGUAGUUUUGGUCAAACUAGUUCAGUUAGGCAUGGUAAAAGAUGAUAUUUCAUGGGAAGACCUGGUUGAACGUGCAGAAUCAGUAGCAGCCAUUAAUAUGACUGCUCAUGCUUCAGCAUGUCUCAGAAGCAGUAUAAUAUUAAAUCUCAUAGAUGAAAAACUUAAAUACAGAGCUCCUAGAGCUAAAGAAUUCAUUGAAAAAUUUCAAACAAUUCCUUUUCUUCCAUUUAUGACAAAACCAGCAGGCUUCUCAUUGCACUGGAAGGGUACUGAUUUUAAAUCGGAAACAAUGUUUUCAGCAAUGGACCUUUUCACAGCUGAUCACCAAGACAUAAUUUGUCUCUUAAAACCAAUUCUUAAUGAAAACUCCCAUUCCUUUAAAGGUUGUGGGAACAUUCCAUUGGCUGUCAAAGAGUUUUUAGGCUUGUUGAAGAAACCAACCAUUACUAUGGUCAUAAAUCAAUUGAAAGAAGUUGCGAAGUCUUUUGAUGGCAUUACUCUGUAUCAGGAAAACAUUACUAAUGCUUGCUAUAAAUAUCUACAUGAAGCACUGCUACAGAAUGAAGCAGCAAAAGCUAUCAUCAUUGAGGAACUGAAAAACUGUAGUUUCAUUCUUGUUGAAAAUGGCUAUGUUGACCCCACAAAAGUGUCUUUUCAUCUGAAUUUUGAGGCAGCUCCAUAUCUCCAUCAACUGUCUAAUAAAUACAGAAAUAGUUUUCGUGAGCUUUUUGAAAGUGUAGGUGUGCAUCAUUCUUUUACAGUAGAAGAUUUUGCUCAGGUUCUUGAAUCAGUCAAUCAGGAAAGGGAAAGCAAACCGCUAACAGAAGAAAAAUUUCAACUUUGUCGGAGAAUCAUCAGUGAAGGAAUAUGGAGUCUCAUUAGAGAAAAGAAGCAAGAAUUCUGUGAAAAAAAGUAUGGUAAAGUUUUAUUACCAGAUACUCAUCUUGCUCUUCUGCCUGCUGAUUCUCUGUGCUAUAAUGAUUGCCCUUGGAUAAAAGUGAAAGACACCACUGUAAAAUACUGCCAUGCUGAUAUUCCUAGAGAAGUAGCUGUGAAGCUUGGCGCUAUACCCAAGCGACAUAAAGCCUUAGAAAGAUAUGCAUCCAAUAUCUGCUUCACUACACUUGGGACUGAGUUUGGACAGAAAGAAAAAUUAACAGGCAGAAUUAAAAGUAUUCUUAAUGCAUAUCCAUCAGAGAAAGAAAUGCUGAAAGAGCUUCUUCAGAAUGCAGAUGAUGCAAAAGCUACAGAAGUCUGUUUUGUGUUUGACCCUCGGCAACAUCCAGUUGAUCGAAUAUUUGAUGAAAAAUGGGCACCCCUUCAAGGGCCUGCACUGUGUGUCUUCAACAAUCAGCCUUUUACAGAAGAUGAUAUCAGAGGAAUUCAGAACCUUGGGAAAGGUACUAAGGAAGGCAACCCAUAUAAAACUGGUCAGUAUGGUAUAGGAUUCAAUUCUGUGUAUCACAUAACAGACUGUCCUUCAUUCAUUUCUGGUAAUGAUAUACUUUGUAUUUUUGAUCCUCAUGCUAGAUACGCACCAGGUGCAACAUCAAUUAGUCCUGGACGCAUGUUUAGAGAUCUGGACAGUGAUUUCAGAACACAGUUUUCAGAUGUGCUGGAUCUUUAUUUAGGGGAUCACUUUAAACUAGACAACUGCACCAUGUUUCGGUUUCCACUUCGAAAUGGAGAAAUGGCAAAAGUUUCAGAAAUCUCCUCAGUGCCAUGUUCAGACAGAAUGGUGCAAAAUCUUCUUGAUAAGCUGCGAACAGAUGGAGCAGAAUUGUUGAUGUUUUUGAAUCACAUGGAAAAAAUUUCUAUUUGUGAAAUAGAGAAAACAGGAGCUCUUAAUGUUUUGUAUUCUGUAACAGGCAAAAUAACUGAUGGAGAUAGGCUGAAACGGAAGCAGUUCCAUGCUUCGGUUAUUGACAGUGUAACUAAGAAGAAACAGCUUAAAGAGAUACCCGUGCAACAAAUAACUUACACCAUGGAUACUGAAGAUUCUGAAGGAAAUCUUACAACUUGGUUAAUUUGCAACAGGUCGGGUUUUUCAGCCAUGGAAAAAGUAUCCAAGAGUGUCAUAUCAGCUCACAAGAAUGAGGACAUUACUCUUUUUCCACGAGGGGGUGUUGCAGCAUGCAUUACUCAUAACUACAAGAAACCACACAGAGCAUUUUGUUUCUUACCUUUGUCUUUAGAAACUGGAUUACCGUUUCAUGUCAAUGGGCACUUUGCUCUGGAUUCUGCCCGAAGAAAUCUGUGGCGUGAUGAUAAUGGGGUUGGAGUACGGAGUGACUGGAAUAACAGUCUAAUGACAGCAUUGAUAGCACCAGCCUAUGUUGAACUUCUGAUUCAGCUGAAAAAGCGUUACUUUCAAGGCAGCGAUCCAACGGUGUCAGUACUACAAAACACAUCCAUGCAUAUUGUGAAAGACACUUUGAAAAAGUUUCUCUCUUUCUUCCCAGUUAACAGACUUGAUCUGCAGCCUGAUUGGUAUUGCUUAGUGAAAGCAGUUUACAGCUGCAUUCACGAAGAGUCAAAACGUCUCUUACCUGUUGUGCGAGCUCCAAACAUUGAUGGCUCUGAUUUGCAUUCAGCAAUUAUCAUUACUUGGAUUAAUAUGACUACCUCAAACAAAGCUAGGCCUUUCUUUGACAAUUUGUUACAGGAUGAGUUGCAACACCUCAAAAAUGUAGAGUACAACAUUACAACACGCAAAACUGUAGCAGAAAAUGUGUAUAGACUCAAACAUCUACUUUUAGAAAUUGGUUUCAACUUGAUAUACAGCUGUGAGGAAACGGCAAAUCUUUAUCACUGUCUUGUGGAUGCAGACAUUCCUGUGAGCUAUGUGACUCCUGCUGAUGUCCGAUCAUUUUUGAUGACGUUCUCUUCUCCAGAUUCUAAUUGCCACAUUGGAAAACUGCCUUGUCGUCUUCAGCAGACAAACUUGAAACUUUUCCACAGUCUCAAACUCCUUGUGGACUAUUGUUUUAAAGAGGCAGAAGAAGAUGAAAUCGACAUUGAAGGAUUACCCCUGCUCAUUACACUUGACAGUGUGCUGCAAGUUUUUGACUCAAAGCGGCCAAAGUUUUUAACAACCUAUCAUGAACUGAUCCCUUCUCGUAAGGAUUUGUUUAUGAACACACUUUAUUUGCGAUACAGCAAUAUUUUGCUUAAAUGCAACGUAGCAAAAGUCUUUGAUAUCACCAGUUUUGCUGAUUUGUUGCCAUCUGUGUUGCCAAGAGAAUACAAGACCAGAGGGUGCAUGAGAUGGAAAGAGAACUUUGCUAGUGAAUCCUGGCUUAAGAACACGUGGCAUUUUAUUAGUGAAUCUGUGAGUGCCAAAGAUGACCAGGAAGAUGCAAAACCAACGUUUGAUGAUGUUGUUGGUACUUUGAAAGACUGGGCGUUGCUUCCAGGUACAAAAUUCACUGUCUCUUCCAAUCACCUUGUUGUACCAGACUGUGAUGUCUUGCUUCCUCUCAGUCUUAUGCACAUAGCACUCUUUCCAAAUUCUCAAACUGAUAAAGUUUUUCAUGCGUUAAUGAAAACUGGUUGUAUUCAGCUUGCCUUGAACAAAAUUUGCUCCAAAGACAGUGCACUAGUGCCAUUAUUGUCAGGACAUACAGCAAAUAUAGACAAUCCUUCGAGCAUUUUAAGAGCUAUACAUUACAUGGUUCAGACCUCAGCGUUCAAGACUGAAAAAUUAGCUGAGAGUGACUUUGAGGCUCUCUUAAUGUAUUUUAAUUGCAAUCUCAAUCAUCUGACAUCUCAGGAUGACAUCAAAAUUUUGAGGUCCCUACCAUGCUAUAAAUCUAUCAGUGGACGAUACAUUAGUAUUUCAAAAAGUGGAGCAUGUUACGUACUCACGAGAAGUAUCCCCUCGGUUGAAGUGGAUAGAUGGACACUGUCAACGUCAUCUGCCUUUCUUGAAGAGAAAAUCCAUUUAAAUGACUUGUACAGUGUGCUUGGGUGUGUUCCAGUAGAUGACCUUGAAGUUUAUUUGAAGCACCUUUUGCCAAAGAUUGAAAGUCUCUCUUAUGAUGCAAAACUGGAACAUCUUAUUUACUUGAAGAACAGGCUCUCCAGCAUUGAAGAAUCAAAUGAAAUAAAAGAACAGCUGUUUGAAAAGCUAGAGAGCUUUUUGAUCAUUCAUGAUGCUUGCAAUAGACUAAAACCUGCAAAGAAUUUUUAUGACAGGACUGUAAGAGUUUUCGAAGUUAUGCUCCCUGAAAAACUCUUUAUACCGCAAGACUUCUUUAAAAAACUGGAGCAACUCACAAAACCCAAGAAUCGUGCUGCAUUCCUUACAUCGUGGGUAGCAUUUCUCCGAAACAUGGGACUAAAAUAUGUUAUUUCCCAGCAACAGGUAUUGCAGUUUGCUAAAGAGAUCAGUAUGAGAGCUAACACAGAAAACUGGACUAAGGAUACACUGCAGAAUACAGUGGAUGUACUCCUUCAUCAUAUAUUUCAAGAAAGAACUGAUUUAUUCUCUGGAAACUUUCUGAAAGAAUUAUCUUUAAUUGCCUUCUUGUGUCCAGAACGUGCUCCUGCAGAAAUUGUCAGAUUCCACCCCCAGUAUCAAGAGGUUAAUGGAACACUCCCUCUCAUAAAAUUUAGUGGAGCCCAAGUGAACCCUAAAUUCAAACAGACUGAUGUUUUGCAGCUUUUGUGGACUUCAUGUCCUAUUCUUCCAGAAAAAGCAACACCUUUAAGUAUCAAAGAACAAGAAGGAAGCAGUCUUGGUCUGCAAGAACAACUUGAGCAGGUUUUGACUAUGCUUAAUGUCAACUUGGAUCCCCCUCUGGACAAAGUUAUAAAUAACUGUAGAAAUAUAUGCAAUAUAACAACAUUGGAUGAGGAGAUGGUAAAAACAAGAGUUAAGGUCCUAAGGAGCAUUUACGAAUAUCUUAAUACAGAGAAAAGGGAAAUCCGAUUUCAGCUUCGAGGGGUUGCUUUUGUGAUGGUUGAAGAAGGUUGGAAGUUGUUGAAGCCUGAGGAAGUAGUAAUCAAUCUUGAGUAUGAGUCUGAUUUUAAGCCUUACCUUUACAAGCUUCCAUUAGAACUUGGUACCUUCCACCAGUUAUUUAAACACUUAGGCACUGAAGAUGUCAUUUCAACAAAGCAGUUCGUGGAGGUUCUGAGUCGAAUAUUCAAGAAUUCUGAGGGAAAACAGCUUGAUCCUAAUGAAAUGCGUACCGUUAAGCGAGUUGUUUCUGGCCUGUUCAGAAGCCUUCAAAAUGAUUCUGUUAAGGUUAGAAGUGACCUGGAGAAUGUGCGAGAUCUGGCUCUUUACCUUCCGAGUCAAGAUGGUAGAUUGGUGAAAUCAAGCAUCUUAGUUUUUGAUGAUGCACCGCAUUACAAAAGCAGAAUACAAGGAAACAUUGGUGUUCAAAUGCUGGUUGAUCUUAGCCAGUGUUACUUGGGAAAAGACCAUGGUUUUCACACUAAACUGAUAAUGCUGUUUCCUCAGAAACUGCGGCCUCGUCUUCUCAGUAGUAUUCUUGAAGAGCAGUUGGAUGAAGAGUCACCAAAAACCUGUCAGUUUGGAGCACUUUGUUCUCUUCAGGGAAGGCUCCAGUUACUGCUGUCUUCUGAACAGUUCAUUACGGGACUUAUUAGAAUUAUGAAACAUGAAAAUGACAAUGCAUUCUUAGCCAAUGAAGAGAAAGCCAUAAGACUUUGCAAAGCCUUACGGGAAGGCUUGAAAGUUUCCUGUUUUGAGAAGCUACAAACAACACUAAGGGUUAAAGGUUUUUCCCCUAUUCCUCACAGCAGAAGUGAAACAUUUGCUUUUUUAAAGAGAUAUGGAAAUGCAGUAAUAUUGCUUUAUAUACAGCACUCUGACAGCAAAGACAUCAAUUUCCUUCUAGCAUUAGCAAUGACCCUGAAAUCUGCAACUGAUAAUCUGAUUUCUGAUACUUCCUAUUUAAUUGCCAUGUUGGGCUGCAAUGAUAUUUAUAGAAUUAGUGAAAAACUUGACAGUUUAGGGGUGAAGUAUGACUCUUCAGAACCAUCAAAACUUGAAUUACCCAUGCCUGGAACUCCCAUACCAUCUGAAAUCCACUAUACACUUCUUAUGGAUCCAAUGAAUGUUUUUUAUCCAGGAGAAUAUGUUGGCUAUCUUGUUGAUGCUGAAGGAGGUGAUAUAUAUGGAUCAUACCAUCCAACCUAUACUUAUGCUAUCAUUGUGCAAGAAGUAGAAAAGGAGGAGGAUGAAAAUUCCAGUUUCCUGGGCAAGAUUUAUCAGAUUGACAUUGGGUACAGUGAGUACAAGAUAGUAAGUUCACUUGAUUUGUACAAAUUUUCAAGACCUGAUGAGAGUUCUCAAAGCAGGGACAGUGCACCAUCUACACCCACAAGUCCUACAGAAUUUCCAGCACAUGGACCCAGGGCAAUUCCUCCUCUCUUUCCUGGAAGGGAGAGUCACAAAACAUCAGCAUCUAAACAUCAUUCUCCCAAAAAAAUUAAAGCAAAUUCUCUCUCAGAGAUUUUAAGAGAAGUUACAUCAGUGGUGGAACAAGCUUGGAAGCUACCAGAAUCUGAAAGAAAGAAGAUUAUAAGAAGGCUCUAUCUUAAAUGGCAUCCAGACAAAAAUGCAGAGAACCUUGAUAUAGCCAAUGAAGUUUUCAAACAUUUACAGAAUGAAAUCAACAGGCUAGAAAAGCAGGCGUUCAUAGACCAAAAUGCAGAUAGGACAUCCAGGAGAACGUUUUCAUCUUCAGCUUCACGAUUUCAGUCAGACAAAUUUUCAUUCCAGAGAUUUUACACUUCUUGGAAUCAGGAAGCUACAAGCCAUAAAUCUGAAAGGCAACAGUCUAAAGAGAAGUACCCAUCUGCUACAGGCCCAUCUUACUCUCAGCGAUUUUUUGUGCCACCCACAUUUAAGUCAGUUGGAAAUUCCGUUGAGGCGCGUAGGUGGUUGAGGCAAGCCAGAGCAAACUUCUCAGCUGCAAGAAAUGAUCUUCAUAAAAAUGCCAAUGAAUGGGUAUGCUUCAAAUGUUAUCUGUCUACCAAGUUAGCCUUGAUUGCUGCAGAUUAUGCAGUAAGGGGCAAGUCGGAUAAAGACGUGAAACCAACUGCGCUAGCACAGAAAAUUGAAGAAUACAGUCCACAACUUGAAGGUCUUACAAAUGAUGUUCAUACCCUGGAAGCAUAUGGAGUGGACAGCUUAAAAACACGCUAUCCAGACCUCCUCCCUUUUCCACAGAUUCCAAAUGACAGAUUCACUUCUGAAGUUGCCAUGAGAGUAAUGGAGUGUACAGCAUGCAUUAUAAUAAAACUUGAAAACUUUAUUCAGCAAAAGGUAUGAUAGACAUGGUUACAGACAUGGUGUUUUCAGACAUGCAUGCCAUGCCUCCAG